AUGGCGGACACUGCCUUGAAGCAUCGAGCUGAGUUUGCCUUUGCUCAGCUUGAGAACGAGAGAUCUCUGACAUCUCUUCGUGACGAGCUAAGGGUAGCUCGUGGGAUUGCUGAUCGGUCUCGGGAUGAGAUAGCUGCUCUUCAGACCUUUGUUGAUGCCCACCAUCGGGAGCACAAGGCUCUCUGCGAGAUGCUUGAGCGCAAGGGCGUUCUUCAUCGGAAGAAGCAGCGUACUGAUGGUACGGCUUGA